AUGCCUCACACCGGUUCCUGCGCCUGCGGCCAAACGACCGUCACCCUCGCGGGGACCCAUACGACCCAAGUACGACUUUCUGCUCUGAUAAAUGCUGAUCACGCCUAUUGGUACCAGGUCCUCUGCCACUGCCUCGACUGCCAGAAGGAGUCCGGCAGCGCAUUCAGCGCAAACGUGGUCGAGCUCAAGACGAACGUCACUAUCGCCGGCCCCGUCAAGGAGUAUUUGACUAAAUCGGAGUCCGGCAAUACCGUUCGGCACGUCUUCUGCUCUGAGUGCGGCAGUCCGAUCUCGCACGUCAGCCCUGGCUUCGGCGAGUCGCAGGGCAUCCGCGCGGCGCUCUUCCCGGAGUUCAAGGAUAUCCCGAUCGCGGCUGAACGUAUGUGCUCUGCUUUCCGGGUGAAAGUCAAGACUGAUGACGCAGUGUUCGUCCGUUCGCGCUGGCCCGUCAUUCCCGAGUUCAAGGACAGCGCAAAGAUAGAGACGAUGUAA